GGGCCCGCCCAAGCGGCCGCCCCCGGAAGCGCUCGCGGGGCCGUGGCGGAAGCGGGGCGGGGCGCGGCCUCUUUGGUGCUGGCGGCCGGCGAAGAUGACGAAAGGUACAUCGUCGUUUGGUAAGCGACGAAACAAGACACACACCCUGUGUCGUCGAUGUGGGUCCAAGGCAUACCAUCUGCAAAAAUCGACCUGUGGGAAAUGUGGUUACCCUGCUAAGCGUAAGAGAAAGUAUAACUGGAGUGCAAAAGCUAAAAGACGCAACACCACUGGUACUGGUCGCAUGAGGCACCUGAAAAAGGUCUACCGUCGAUUCAGGAAUGGAUUCCGUGAGGGAACCACACCGAAGCCCAAGAGAGCAGCUGUUGCAGCCUCCAGUUCAUCUUAAAGACUCAUCUAUUUGUUAAAAUAAAUGGUCUUAACCAGAAAA